GACCCCGAAAGGGAAGAAGCGGUCAAGAAGAUGGAUGGAUGGACAAAACCUCUAACCAUUCAUCUUUUUCUUACUAGAUUUCAAAAAAGCCCUAAAUUACAAAAAACGUACUAAGUUACUAAGUAUAACAGCAUGUUUUUUGUUGAUUUGAACAAAAAAACUUCACCUUUUCCACCUGGAAAACCAUCUGUUCUUCCUGUAUUUCUGCAAUAAUGCUAAAUUCAUGAAUAUUGAAAACAAAAAGUGCAGAAAUAUUUCAUAGUGUGAACAAUGUCAAGUGAUCAGGCCUCGUGCAAAGGGCGAUAUUCAUUUAGUAGUCUUCGUAAUUGCCUGCUGGGGGUUGAGUCAAACCCAAAUAUAAAUUGUUUUUCCAGCCAUAAAAUCAAAUGGUUUUGUCUGUUCAUCUGCUUUUACAACGUCAUUCCCUGAUAAACAUUUUAAGCACAUGCACAGGUGCAGCAUGUAACUUUGCAAAGGGUUCUUAUUCUAAUCAAUGACAAAGCUGCACUCACGCCAACCGUCGACAUCGAACAAACUCGUAAAGUUUUUUUCACUUGGUGACUAAGAGGACACGCAACCACAAACGCAUCUUCCCCCGGCCAGCUUUCUAAAUAAUGUGCAUCAAUCAAUUUUAUUCAGUGACCUGCAGAAAAUGUUCUGCCCUUUAAAACUGACUCAAAAUGUCAGAUGGCUCUUUGGCAGCAAGGUUGUGAAAGGUUUUAGGACGUCCUGACUCUCUGCUCGUCAACAAGCUCUCCCGCUCUCUGCUUCGUAUGUUGUGAAUCUUAAGUCAAGGGGAUUCAAAUGGCCAAACGAGUUUAAUGAAUUAGUGUCAUAAAGAUGGGGGUCAUUUGUCUGGCUGCCUUCUCCAACAUCUGCUCCCCUGGGACGUUCUUGACGUGACAAUCAAAGCACCUGCUUCCACCGCAUUUACAAAGUCAGUAAAACUAGUUAAUCAAGCCAAAGAGCUGGGAAAACACGACGGUGUCCUUGCAGUGUGGCCCGCCGCUCUCGCCCUCUUUAUUGAGUCUAUAAUUCACCUCCGACUGAUGCUUGAUUUAUCCACACAAGAGCUGAUGUGGAUCUGUGAUGGCUCCCGCUGCAUGUAUAUAACCCGGAUGGGACGUGCGGGGCAUCCAGACGCCUUCACCUGAGGACCUCCGUGCCAAUCAGACCCACUUCCAGCAACGACCUCCGGCAGUGAUGAAGUGCAAUCAUUUCCUCUCCUGGGCGUUUGUGCUUAUGGCCUUUGGCCCGCUGUUGGCCCACCCCAUUAUAGAUUCAGCUGAGAUGCCUUAUUCAGGACCCGCAUCCGUGGAGGAGCAGGGAAUCAGCGCUCUGGAUGAUCUGUCCCUCUCGGAGCAGACUUUCCCCUCACAGGAUGGUGCCGGACUCAGAUAUUCAUCAUUGAUAUCCGGGAAUAUCAACAGAGAUGGAGUCCGAACUGGAUUUCUGCCCAGGGGGAUGAAAAAAGAUGUUUUUUUGGAGAAGCAGAGUCUUCUAAACCCCUUCAGCCACAUUCUAGGCGUCCGGAAAGAAUUCAGGAAGCGUUCUGGGAACUCUGAAUGCUUCUGGAAGUACUGUGUUUGAGAAACAAUCAUUGUUGUCAACAAAAAGGCAGGGACCCCACUGAUAGAAUAAAUAGAGACUAAAAAAAGACUAAAUAAAAAGUGGACUCUUGUCAGUUCCCCCAUCCGAAUAAAAUUAAAAUAAAAUGCCUUAUGUGUGAGUGAAAACUUAGCAGUCCUUGAUAUUUGGUUGCCUUUUGUCAUUGCAUGUGUUCUUUAAGGAUGAAAGUUGAAACACUAAAUAGUGCCAAAAAUAAAUAAAGAUCUGUAAAUAAAUAUUUUGGCUCUGAUGGUCUUUAUCGGUCCCUUAAUGAAGCAUGAAAGCAUCCUAGCAUUCAUAAAAGAGGAAGCAAAAGUAUCAAAGUUGGUUCUCAGGUUUUCUUCAUUUUUUCCUUUUUUUAUUAUUUUACAGCAGAAAGAAUAUAAAGCAUUCAGAAAACAUCUUCCAUAUUUUAAGGGCAAUUCAAAAUGUUUUGCAUGGCUUCAGCAGCUGAAAUCUUUUUUUUUUUUUCUUUUUAAUUUUUUUUUUAACAUAUCCAUCGAGUCAGUGACGCUUUUACAUGCACAAUUACAAAAAUAAAACUUACAAACAAGGGAUGGGAAUAAAAAAAAAAAAAAAAAAGGAGGAAAAAAGAAAACACAUGAGGAGAACCAAGAGGAGAUGAAACUUCUAAGGUUUGGGAGCAGAGAAAAGUUGGGUCACAUAACAGGGAAAGACAGAGAGAAAGACAGCUAUAGAGGAGAGGAAAAGAGAUCUAACACUAGUUCACAUGCAAAGUGAGGACCCGUAACUUUCUAUCAAAGCAGGGUCUUUUUUUUCUUCUUCUUCUCAGUUUGGAUUCAAUGAAAACGUGCAAUUCGAUAAAGGGUGCCAUAUAAUUGCUGUCCAUAAACUACUGAAUGCUUGUCUUGCAAUACUGGCAUUUGCAUAAGAGUAAGUCGACUACAUGUGUCCAAUCAUUUUGAACUCUGCUAGGUCUAUAUGUCUCCACAAAAUAGUUCUUUAUUGCUCUGUGUCAACAAGUGGAACAACACUGUAAAACUGUUCUGUUGUCCUGAUGCGCCUACCUUUCUCUGGUUUUGGGUGCUGCGGAAAUAGAAGAGGAGGAAAGGCAGAUUCUCAGGCCAGUUCACAGAACAUCGUGAAACUGAUUGAUGCUUAGAAGAGUGCCUAUCAACUAACCUGUCAUCCCACUCAUAAAUGGCAGUAAAACAAGAUUUGCAGGAGCAACUACAUUCUUAAUCCUAAUUACCCUCUAUGCUUUGACACUUAAGAUAAAUUAAAGGCCUAAAUAAGUGGCCGGAGUUAUUAUACAAUGACUUGACAGGUUUCCGUUUAAAAAAUCGUCAAAUCAUUUAUCCUGAAGAGCUUUGUAUAGAUUUAUACGUGUAAAUUGACCCUAUUCCAGGGAUUCACUUGUGUUUGCUAUGCUCAAGGUUGCUGAGAAGAAAUGAAUGCUGUUUUUAUUCUCAUUUUAAUUUUUUUUCUUAAAUCUGAUUUUGUACUUUUUCCAUUUCUUUGCUUCCUCUGCUGUGAAUCACGUCCCGCUCUGUUUCCUCCUCCCCAUUUUUGGCACCCUGAGUAAAAUACAGAAGGGAGGUGAACCAGUCCCUCAGCCUGGAAAAAGAGCAAAGCCGCCACUCGAACCCAGAGUGACACUGACAAACUUAAACGUGUGUGGGUUGUGCGUGUCGUUGUGUGUACAGGUACGUUCAUCUGCAAUGUCUCCGCCGUUGUCCACGUGAAUCGGGGGAAUACACCAGUAAGAAUACCUAUGAAUAAUUUAAAGAAAAAGGAAAAAA